AUGGCCCCAACUGGCACUUCCCCCGUUCAUGGCUUGGCGACACCUGGGUCGAGUGACGGGUCUCGUGAUUCUCACCGCACAAAUCGUGCUCACAUGAUGCCAACUGAGCCUGAAAUCAUUACCAUCAUUGACUCCUCCGACGACGAGUUCGAGUACGGUGUGGACGAAGAUGAUGAGGACGCCUGGGCCAGUUUCAGUAACGAUGGCGGGGACAUUAUCCUCAUCGAUGAAGAGGAAGAGCUACCUCCGCUUGUCGGUCUGCCCGCCCUCGAAGAGGACAUGGUGUACGCGGCGUGCAUGCUCGAGGGGACAGAUAUCACUCUCCGCCACAAUCUCUACGAACUAGUCAUCACUCUCCCACUUGUUGACCUCCUGCCCUUGCAGUGCGCUGCGUACGGCCUCACGAGCUUGGACCCUAUUCGCAUUACUCUGCAGUUUAUCAACGGGUACCGUCGAACCUCGCACAAGCCCAUCGUAUCUGUAUACCACGGCGACCCUAUGGCAGGUCUAGGGAUCGAGACAUCUUCCGUCCGUGCUCAUCCUGGGUUCCCGCUCGGGCUCACGUUGACACAGACGACGCUCAACUUCCUCAACGAUCGCUGGGAGUCCAACCGCGGCGAGAGCUUCCUCUCCGACCUAGCACUGAGCCUGAAUCACCAUAUGCUUAAUGCCGGGAGCACGUGCAUGAUGUGCAACCGGGACCUUGUCUUCCCUGGCCUCAAGCUCACCGUCUGCGACCGCGAGCUCUGCUCUUAUCAGCUCGAUCACGUCGGCCUUGGUGCCGACUUGUCGCUGUUCGACACGGACUACAAAGUCGCCGACCUCCUCAUCUCAGUCGCUGUUGCUGCAUGCAACGACACGAAGCGUCUUAUCGUCUCCCCCAUCGCCACACCUGUCGACCAGGCGAGCGGACAACCCUACUCUCCGCUUCACCUUGGCCGCCUUCUGAAUCAGUUCCCAUCGGCCGAGGUCCUCCGUGACAUUGGCUGGAAGCGAACAAACUUCCUCAAGGAGAACAGCCCGAACGCGCCCUUCAUCGCCGGAUGGGUGUUCGCCACGAACCGUGCUCACAUUGUCUCGCUCGAGAUGGAGAAGCACAUCAAGGAGAUGCAAACGCCACACCAGUUUCAAAUUCACACCGGCACGCGCAAGCACGCGGAGAAAUUUGAAGCGCUGCGAGCCAAGCACGGCAGCAUCUGGGCAUUCCACGGCUCCUCGAUGUCAAACUGGCAUAACAUUUUGCGCCAGAACCUAAAGAAUGCUAGCAAUACGCCAAGGAUGUCGGCUGGUGCGGCGUACGGCGCGGGCAUUUACCUUUCUGCUUCGAGCAAGACGUCCGCCAUGUACUCGACAACUUCCACUGGGUGGGUCAAUUCGGCUUUCGGGAUCAAGCCCAUGUGCCUCGCUCUCGUCGAGGUGGCCAACUCGUCGCGCGUCCAUGAUCACGCCAGCGGCGAUAUUAUCGUUGCUAAUGACGAGAACUGCGUCAUGCUGCGCCGGCUGUUCGUAUACCCGUGCGGUGGCAUGCCCACUGUAACCGCCAAGGACAUUGCGCAGGCGGCCUACAAGAACCAGACGACCAUCGCAUAUGGCUCCACUUUCGAGGAGGUGCUAGCGAGCGGCAAGCUUCUCGUCACCUCCGACGACUACUUCUGGGACAUCGACGAGGUUGUUCAAACCAUCAAGGCGAAGAACGGCCUGUUCAUCAACCCCUAUAACAACCUUCCAUUCGAGCAGCGCGACGUCAAACUAAUCUUGACACAUCCCAGCGGUGCGGGCCAGGAGCUUUACCGCAUCGAGGCCGAGAACACUGAGCUGAAGAGGGAUAUCUCUUUGGAAGUUAUGUCACGCCUCCACACGGUCGGUUACAUUUGCAAGCAGGACAACUCGGCCGAUUUUGAGACUGCCAUGGGAGCGAUCUCAGAGCUCAAUGAGUGGCUCAAGCUUCGACCGACUCGUGAACGUAAUGCCCUCGCCUGCGUCCCCUUCCAGGCGAUUGAUACCCACACGCGGAUUCCGUUUCGCGACACGGUAACGCACGCUCUCGAGCUCGUCAUCUCGGGCGGCGAAUGUACCCAUCGUUUCGGCGACUUCCUGGUCCAAAUCAAGUAA